UUUUUUUUUUUUUUUCACUGGUCAUGAAAAAUAGUUUUGGUAUAAUAUUAUAUACGAGCAUAAUAAUAUUUCUUAUGCUUUUGACCGUUGUUACUGUUGGUACUUCUGCGCUCGAUAUUAUUAUUCAAGCUGUAGCGGCAGAUCCUACAAAUAAAACGUUUGUCAUAAUUGCAGGAGGAAGUUACUUUUUAACGGGUAUUGCUGCUUUUAUUUUGGGUCUUGGCCGCUUAUUUAAUGUAAAAAGAGCUUUAAAUGAUAUACCAAAGUCUCACAUCCCAAAAGACUCACCAAAGUCUGUGGAUAAUCUUAUUGUUUCAGAAUUAAUACGCGUUUCUAGGAUUGAUGUAAAACCGAGACCUGAGGACGGAUGCCAACCAGGGUGGGGAAUACCAGGUUCUCCUUAUGAUAAUAUACAUUUUAGAUCUUCAAUCAUUGAAACAUUCUCGGUAUUAGAGAAACAAGUUGUAAAAAAUUCGUCCUUCUUGACACGUCAGCCGUCGAUGUCCGUUCAACGAUAUAUUGAUUUUUUGGUAGAACAUGGAAUCAUUGAUCGCGAAUUGGGAAAUGCUUACGUUGAAGGUUAUGAGCGAGCACGUUUCAGUGAUGAAGAAGUACCCGAAGAACAAUACAUCAAAUUUAUGAAACUUGUUAUACAGUUGUUACGCCCAUUGGGUUUCGAUGGAAAUUAAUUUUUCUUAAUACAUUGAACUUUUUUUUCGUAUAUUCAUUUUUAUUUAAUUUAAUAUUUUAAUUUUUUAAUUUAAUUUUUAAUUCACUUUAAAUUUUAUCAUAACUAUUUUAUUCUGUCAACACUUUAUUAUUCUUUGACCUGAACGGAAAGCUUGUGUUAAGGGAAAACAUACGGACAACGG